CAGAGGAAAAAAGGAGGCACGCGCACUUUGACUUUUUAAGAGAAAAUGAACAGGAAUAAGCGCUGCUGUGACUUAUAACGAGAGGAAGAGGAACUAUGUCUUAGAGGAGGAGGAGUUGUUUGACAGAACUGAGCGGCCUACAGGGCUUCUAUAGACCAGUCUAGCACGGGUCUAGCCUGCUGUUGCACCGGCCGUCAGGACCGGGCCAGCCGGGCUGCUUCUGGCGGAAGUCGCUGGGGAAAACUAGCUGUUCAGGAUGCAAACAUCUGCUCUGGACAACCGGUAAACAGCGAAGACAAGUUUUACUUUUGCAGCAUCCGAGAAGGGCCUGCGCGUGUGUUUGCGCGCGUGCAAGAGAGAGUGGGAGAGAGACAGAGAGAGAGAGUGCGUGCGUGCGUGUGUGUGUGUGUGUGUGUGUGUGUGUGUGUGUGUGUGCGUGUGUGUGUUUGUGUGUGUCACUAUGAGUCUUGUCUCGGGCUUCUCUCACCACCCGGUCAUGCACCACCACGACACCCACCACUAUUCCCUGCAUGCGGCGGCGGCCGGUCGGUGUCACGAGGACGCCGGAGCUCCUCCGUACUUCACGAGCUGGCUGAUCAGCCACGCGGAUAUGUCUCCCACUGAAUAUAGCCUCGCGCCCGGCUACAGCCCAGAGUACCAUGGCAACAGCGGCGGCGGGUCUAGCGGCGGCCUAGACUCCCACCAUCACCAUCACCACCACUACGGCCCCGGCGGCCUGGUCCCGGGGGCCGGCACCAUCUCGGUGAACGGAACCGCGGUCGGCAUGCAUCACCACCACACACAUCCUCGGACCGUGAAGCGGAGACCCACGGCCAACCGGAAAGAGAGGCGGCGGACCCAGAGCAUCAACUCGGCCUUCGCGGAGCUGAGGGAGUGUAUCCCCAACGUACCGGCCGACACCAAGCUGUCCAAGAUCAAGACGCUGCGACUGGCCACCAGCUACAUCUCCUACCUGAUGGACAUCCUGGACAAGGACGGGCAGCACGGAGACACGCAGGCUUUCAAGGCCGAGCUGAAGAAGACGGAGGUUCGGGAGGAGCGGAGGAAGAGAGAGGCGGUGGAGAUCCCUAAGACAACCUCAUCUUCAUCAUCCUCAUCGUCAUACUCUUCGUCCGCGGGCGAUAAGAAGAGUAAAGGACGGACAGGAUGGCCUCAACAUGUCUGGGCUCUGGAACUCAAACAGUAGCGCCCCCCCCGCCUCCUGCCUGUUGAUAGUCCUCUCCUCCUGCAGCUCUGUCCUGGAGGAGGUGACGCGCUCUGAUGAACUGUGAUGGCAGUCAUCAUCAUCAUCAUCAUCAUCUCUCUGGACCUGUAGGCUGUUCAACCCCCCGCGGACCGGUGGACGCUGUGGUGCGUGUACAGCUCCGCUCACUUUGCUACAGUGAGACACGAAAACAGUGACAGUUUCCAGUCGUUUUGUUUAUUGGUUGGAGUCGCCGAUAGAGCUCACCGUCGGAUUUCUACCACCCCUCACAGUUGUGUUCUGUGUCCGGGUUUGAUCUUGAACUGAGAUUUCCUCUUUAAAAUUUGCCUCGAAAAAAAAUGAAAAUAGGCUAUCCCCAUGUUCUUUUUAAAAAGAUUUUAAAUGAAAUACAUUUUUAAAAAUCGAUGUAUUUAAGGCCUCACCAACUAGAAACAUUGUAAGUGCUUUGUCAGUGUCCCUAUAAUUCAACAUAUUUGACGUCAGUGGAGUCUUUGGGAUAGGCUCAUUUAUGAUACAGUAAAUGUGUUUGGGCUUGAGCUACAUAGAGUCGGUCGGAACGGGUUAAAAUAAUACAUUAUCUGUAACAUUUGACCCGUGAAUCAAUAGAGUCCACUGUUCCUCACCUGAAGCAGCUCUGCUCAGGUCCUCCUCUGCCUUGAGGCCACUCGAAAAGCGGACGCUCGAAUGAAACAGAGCUGUUUCGGUGAGUGGGAUCUUUGCCGAAAUGAAGAGAGGUCCAUAAAAGAUCCUGUGUUCUACCAGACUGAGCAAAGUAUCUUUAAUACCACUGUUGGAUUGUGAGCGGAGUGCAGCGAGGGAAAAACAGAAGGAGCACCCCCCCCCCCCACACACACACACACACACGGGGCGUUGACGUGCUUUCUGCUUUAUUUAACGGAAUAUAUUUAUGUGCAAUGUGGCCGUUAGAAGGACCAAAACAGCCAUGCUGACUGACAGUGGACAUUUACUGAGUAUCUUUGAUUAAGCGACAAGGUGUAUGUGAAGUCCUCUCUCUCCCUCUCUCUCUCUAUGUGUGUGUGUGUGUGUGGGUUUGCGUGUCUUUCCUCUAGCAAUUUUGGGUUGUAAAUGUAAUGACGUCACGGUGAUGACAAAGUGUCUAUGUUUUGGUGUGAAAUUGUGGUGGGAGUCUAAAUAAUGCUUCAUGUGGGAUGUAAACAAUGUCAUGAACUUAA